AUGGUGCUCUUUCCUUCCACGCCUCCACGCGGACUCGACUUUUCUUCUCCUCUCUGCUUCGUUCCCCAACCUCAAAACCCUAGCAACCACACCGACGGAUCGAUCCAUCGAAUCCACUCACCCAAACCCAAAAUUCCCCCCAAAUUAUGCCCAGUUCCCCCAGAUCCUAGACCCCGAUGAGCCCCUCACUGCCAGACCACUCGCCGGAGGUGCCGCUGGCGCCGGGCUUCCGCUUCCACCCGACCGAUGAGGAGCUGGUCUCCUACUACCUCCGCCGCCGCGUGCUCGGCCGCCGCCUCCGGAUCGACGCCAUCGCCGAGGUCGACCUCUACCGCCUCGAGCCCUGGGACCUGCCCUCCCUCUCCCGGAUCCGCAGCCGCGACUCGCAGUGGUACUUCUUCGCCCGCCUCGACCGCAAGGUGGCCGGGGCGGGGGCCGGCGGGCGGGGCGGGCCCGGGAACAGGACCAACCGCGCCACGCCGCGCGGGUACUGGAAGACCACGGGGAAAGACCGCGAGGUGUUCCACCGCGGGAAGGCGGUCGGCAUGAAGAAGACGCUCGUGUUCCAUGCUGGCAGGGCGCCCAAGGGCGAUCGGACCAACUGGGUUAUGCACGAGUACCGCCUCCUCGACAACGAUGGGCCUCAGGAUUUGCAUGUGGUCUGUAGAAUCUUCCAGAAACUCGGGACUGGACCACAGAAUGGAGCACAAUAUGGAGCACCAUACAUGGAGGAGGAAUGGGAAGAGGAGGAUGAUGCAAUUGAGAAUGCACCGGCCAGUGGUGCGUCCACCGCAAUGGCUGCAAUCACAGAUACGGCGAGCCCGGAGUCGAAUGUGGAAGAUGAGAAUAUGUAUUCUAAAACUAAUGAGCUUGUGCAAACCCAAGAAGUUCUUAACCCACCCGAAACGGCUCCUAUCCUAGCUCAGGGUUUGGAAGAGACUGAUGAGGGAAGCUAUGGCGAUGGAGUAAUUUCUCUGGAGGAGAUUUUGCAGGAACCUGUGUCAAAUGUUAGUGUUGAAAAUAUAGGCGAACCUGAAGAGAAAACUGCCAUCGAUGACCACUUCAGUCUUGCUGAUUUGUCUGGCUACCCAAGCCAAGAUGAUGGCUAUGUUGCUCUCAAUGGUCCUAUCAUUUGUAGGGACCCUUCAAAUGGUGAUCAUGCAUAUUGGCCUCUGAGAACUUAUGGUCAUCAAAACCAUGCCAACGGGACUCUUAAUGCUGAGGAAUUUUUUGACACAGGAAAUGAUACCAACACAUAUUCAGUAGAGCAGCAAAUUUGUCCUUCGGAUGGCCAAAACUUGUAUUUGCAAACCAAUGGUUUGCCAGCUCCUCAGCAAGUGGAUGACAACAUGGCAUUUUAUGAUGCAUCAAGUACUCACAAAUGGGUGGAUGGAAAGGAUGAUUUUGCGAAUGCGAAUGAGCUCCUCUACCAGCCAGAGAAUGAACCUCUCUUUGAUGUGGAUGAUCUGAUGGCUUACUUUGAUGCCACAGAGGAUGAUUUCAAGUUUGAUAUGUUGGGCUCUGUUGAAGGUCCCAAUUGGCCACUUCCUGAAAACAUGCUGGACUUUGCCCCAAAGGACGAGAACAUGGAUGGUUUCACAUUCGAUGGGAUCUCCAAAACCAGUGCAAACGUUCAAUAUGUCGCAUCUUCGUCUGGUUCCCAUGAGAAUCUGUAUCUGGACACUGCGGUUGCAGACAUACCAAUGGAUGAUAGUGCUGACAAAAGUUUCGGAAAGCGCUUUGCCAGUGUGCUUGGCUCGAUCCCAGCCCCACCUGCAAUGGCUUCAGAAUUCCCACCAGCAACAGGAAAAUCUGUUGCCUCGCUUUCUGCUGUCAAUGGGCCUAGUUCGAUUCAUGUCACUGCUGGCAUCGUCCAGCUUGGUGGCCUCACUUUCAGUGGUAGCUCCGAACACUGGCCCCUGCAGAAGAAUGGAGACUUCAGUCUACUCCUUUCCUUCACAGUGGAGAGCGAUGUGUCUACCAAAUCCGUUGGUUUUGACGAGCCAGCUACACAGCUGAGCACGGUCCCAAUGGUGCUGCGUGGUGGCUUGUACCUUUUCUUCGUUUCGGCGAUGAUUCUCAUGUUCAGCUACAAAGUAGGGUCCUGUAUCUACAGCAGGUAAGUUAAGCCUUAGUUACCUCAGGCUGUUUAUCUUGAUUUAAUGGGACCAUACAUGGUGUCCCCUCGACCAGGGAACAACUCAAGACGGUUUGCUUUUACACAUUUUAGUUGGCGUACAAUACUGACUUGGUGAAAAGUAUAGUAAGCAAUAAACCCUUGAACUGAAGAAAGCUCGCUUCCACUACCUUAUGCUUGAUCCGGGACCUGUAAUGUAUUUUAUUUUAUUUUUGGUCAAUGCUCGGAGGCUGGGAGCCCCUAACGAUGUAACAUUGAUUAUAAAUCGGUGAUCCUAUCUCUUUUUUCUUGUGA